UCCGUCUCAUCAGAUCGGCAGUCUGAAAUACCUGUUGUGACGUAACCACUUAUAUGACGUCAUCCGUCAAUCACUAUGGAAACAGGUCCGCGUGUUGUCCUCCUGCACGUAGCAGAGGAUGGGGAGUUCGUCAGGAGGCUGGCGGAGGAGCUGAUGGGUCUGGCAUCAGAUUACUACAAACUACCCCAGACAUACAUCUUCUGUCAGCAGGUCACAGGCACUCCUGGUGACGUCAGCCGCGCACAGCUCACGUCCACACUGACCCUCGGCAGCGUGGAACUUGUCGUGCCCGUGAUCAGCAGACACCUGCUUGCUGACCAGUCCUUGCUCACGGUCGGACUGGAAACUGCCGUGAGGAACAACAAGCCUCGAUACGUCAUUUGGCUGGACCAGAACAAGGAUGACUUCCGUGAGUUCGGCACGUUAGUCAGCCGGCAGUACCCAACCCUGGAGGCGCCGACCAGGCGGGUCCAGCGGGACAGGGUUAAGGAGACGAUGCCCGGCAGUGCUUUUGGCAGUGGGAUGAGAGGCAUCGCCUGGGAUGUGCGUGACGCGCUCUGCAGACAAACAGGUAAACUGAGGUUGCCGUGCUGGCAGGCCUUGCUCUUAACUCGUGAGUUCCUGGCUGACAACAUGAACCUCCCAGCUGUUCUCACACGGCUGGAACAGGAGAACCAGCUGAGUCCGGCUGAGGUCCGGGAUAUCCAGGCGGAGCCGACACCAGUAAGCAGGGGGGAGCGGUUGGUAGACAUGCUGUGGGCCAGGAGGCGGCAGGAGCCGUACGACUGGUUAGUGCGGGUCCUGCGGGAGGAAGGACAGGACUUCCUGGCGGAGGAGAUGGAGGAACAGGAGCGGGACUGGGAGCGGGAAUUCGGCAUCGGGGAACAGCAGGCGGCACAACCUGGUCAGCAAACCGCACAGAGGGAACAUUUCUCACAGCAAAGUCAAGGUCGGCACAGUUAUUGCAUAAUUUUUACCCUUAAACCUUUAUACCUCCAUUACAGAGUUUUAAUGUGUAAUUGCAAAAUCGAGGUCUAA